ACCGGAUUUUGAGCUGAGCUUUGGCCAAUUACAGCAACCUCCUUUGUACUCCCAUCCCCGUCUUUUGUUUCCUGGACGUCUUUUGCCCUACAUGCCCUCCAUUCCAAAAAAUACCAGCCUCUAUGAAAUUCUCCAACUCGAUCAAAAGACUGCUACGACCAAGGAGAUCAAAUCACAAUACCGCAAGCUCGCUUUAAAGUUCCAUCCUGACAAACAGUCAGCAUCUGCAACCGAUCAGGAAAAACAGGACGCCACUGAACAAUUCCAGCAACUCGGUCUCGCGUAUAGCAUUCUUAGCGAUCCUGCAAAAAAAUCACAUUAUGACACGACCGGAAGCAUCAGCACAGACGAUUCACUCAAAGGCGAUAAGAGCUGGAACGACUACUUCAAAGAGCUGUGGAGUGGCGUAGUCAGUGAAGAAACUAUUGACAAGUUUGCUGCAAAGUACAAAGGCUCUGAUGAAGAACGGAAUGACGUGUUACAAGCUUACAAGAGCUGCAAAGGUGAUAUGGACAAAAUCUUGAACUUUGUGGAGUGCAGCGAUGCCAACGAUGGCGAACGGUUUAUGACGAUUAUCCGCAAAGCAAUUGAUGAAGGAAAAGUCCCUACCUUCCCAUCUUUCUCAAAAACCACUACCGGCAAAGCCCAUCAAAAGAGAAUCAAAGAGCAAGAACGACGGGAAAAAGAAUGGGACAAAAAGCACAAAGGCAAAAAAGCAGCAAAGAAAGGAGGAGACGAGGACUCUGAUCUACUGGCAAUGAUACAAGCACGACAAAAGGAUCGUGCAUCGCAUCUCGAUGCACUUGCGGACAAGAUUGCAGAGAAGGCAGGAAAGUCAUCAUCCAAAAAGCGAGGCAGGGUACAGGACGACGAACCAUCGGAAGAAGAGUUCCAACGGAUCCGAGCGGGGCUGAUGAAGAACAAAGGGGAAGCUGCCUCUUCAACAAGCAAUGGUAGUAGCAAAGACGAACAACGACAACAACAGCAGGAACAUCGUAAGCGGGCGAAAAAGAACACCAAAUAAAUAUUGUCAUGAAAACUAACGUGUAGAACCAACUCUCAUUCUCAUUUGUACAUAUUAUUAUAUAAUAAAUCAUUUCUUUUCAUAUUCGC